AUGCGGCCGAUAGUGACUCGCGCUGCUCUUGCAGCCGUUUUCUUGGUCGCGUCGCUUGCGACCGCACUUCCUCAUGGCGACGAUGAGCAUAUGGAUAUGGACAUGGACAUGCAUAUGAACCAUGGGGCCGAGACAUCGUCGACAACACCCCAGCCGACUGCCUCUGCACCUGCGGCUACCAGCUCGCCCAUGAGCUAUUUCGUUUAUGAGAAGCACUCGGGGACGAUCAUGGCGCAUAUUGCCUUGAUGGUCGUGGGCUGGUGCUUUGUCCUUCCUGCUGCCGUCAUGCUUAGCAUUGGGCGCUCGCGAUUCGCGCUUCCGGCCCAGUUUUUGUUCCUGGUGUCCAAUGCCCUUGGAUUGCUUCUGGGAAUUAUCUAUAAUAGUCAGACGCCAGACCUCUACCCAAACAAUGCCCACCACAAGAUUGGCUGGAUUGCGACGUGGGUGGUCAGCGCGCAAGUAAUCCUGGCCUUGAUCUUUGCCUACGCAGGGCGCGGCGAGUCGGAUACGACUUCGUAUGAACGAGCUGCAUUCCUGCCCGUGUCGACGGUCGAGCAUGAUAACCAGUACUCGGCGGGUUCGCUGCACGACUACCGUUGGUCUAGAGACAGCGGGCAGGGGACGGAGAGCAACCCGUCUUCGAUCCACAGCCCUGGAUCCCCGUCCUGCGAGUCGCCCGCCGAAUACGAUGGAUUUGGAAAGCCCGAGGAGGACCUGUCCACCAAGCCCACCGGCUCGCGCGGCUGGUUCCAGAGCACGUUUGUCGACCAGUUCCUGUCCAAGCGCGUGCCGGGGAUAGUGUCGAGCCGGGUGCUGAGGAUCUUCAAUGGAGUGUAUAAUGCCAUUGACCGCAUCAUCUUGCCGUUCGGGUUUAUCGCUAUUGCAACCGGUGGCGUGACCUACGGCGGCAUUAUGAGGGGCAAGGAGAUCUUCAAUGGUCUUGCGCAUUUCAUCAAAGGCGGCAUUUUCUUCUGGUAUGGUAUUUUGACGCUCGGCCGCUUUAUUGGGUGCUGGGCCGAUCUCGGUUGGGCUUGGAACCGCAAGCCGUCCGCGUCGAUUGUGGGCAAGUGGAAGGCCAAAGUGCCGUCGGGCGAGUUCGUCGAGUCCUUCGUCAUCUGGCUGUAUGGUGUGACCAAUGUUUUCCUGGAGCACUUGUCGAACGCGGGUGGUGCGUGGUCGACCACUGAUCUCGAGCAUGCCUCGAUCUCCGUCAUGUUCUUUGGCGGUGGACUGGCCGGCAUGCUCUUCGAAUCCACCCGCAUCCGCGACUGGCUGAACAGCACCGUCCUGCAGACGCCGACUCACCGCACCUCGGAUGAUUCAUGGCAACCGCCCCAGUCGCAGCGCGACAGCAUGGUCUCGACCAUGGUACACAAGCAGUGGGGCAACAUGUUGGUUGGAUUUGCCCUGGCGCGCGGCAUGACCUACGUGCUGCUGUUCCUCAAGCCACCGACCUCCUACCUACCGGCUCGUCCCCCGACCGAGAUCGUGUCCGCCUUCUGUCUGAUCGCGGGAGGUCUGGUUUUCAUGCUGAGUACUCGCAAUGUCAUCCAGGCUAUGGAGUACUACAAGGUGGACGCUAUGUUCACCUUCACCGUGGGCAUGGGCUUGACAGCCUUCGUCAUGGCCUAUGAAAUCCUGAUGAUUGCCCUAAAAGCGUGGACUGUCAAGCGCGAGCACCGCCCGCUCAACUUCCGCUUCCUUUGA